AUGUGUCCCGACGACGACGUCGGCGUUCCCAUCGAGCGCGUCGACGUAAGUGAUGUACCACUCGUGAAAGAUGCGCCCUCGACGUCCGACGCAAACGCGAAUGAACGCGUGCAGAGCUCCGCGCGCGCAUCCGCGCAGCAACCUUUGGGUCACCGCGCGUCGCGAGGUCGAGCGACGUUCGAGCCACGAGCGCGCUCGAGAGACGCGCACGCUCAAAACUGCGGGUGCAUGCUCUGUCGUACGCGUCUUCACGAGCCAGAGCGACGAUCGGGAGAGGAGAGCGACGAGGAAGAAGGCGCGGUUCCGAAGGAGGUUGUGCGGCGCGAGCGGGACGAGCGCGCGUCGAGGGAUCGAUUGACACUCGAGCGUUGCUCGCGGUUGGACACACCGCGAGCGAUUACGUUCUGGCGCGAGUUUCUAUCGAAAGCCACGAGCGGGGGGAACGGGUUGAUGCCGUAUUGGCGAACGAACUCGACUCCCGAACCGAGCGGCGUCAAGCGUCCACGCGACUCGGAAUUGCUAUUGAAUUCUCCAGAGAGCGUGCAAAAGCAAAGGCGCGAGUGCGCGACGGAAGGUGAAAACACGCAUAGUUAA